CUGUAGACAACCAUUGAGAGGAUUGAGAGAUCGAGAUCGAGACAUCGAGAGAGAUACAGAUACACUGUGCCUAAACCAGCCUAAACGUCACAUGAUAGACACGGGUGUGAUUCUUUCCUUAUUUCUCUUAAGCUGAAACUAGCGCGAUGAGAUAUAUCUUGGGUGCAACUUUUACGGGCACUGCUACCGCAACUAGUCUUGUAUUAGUAUUGUAUCAUGUAUUUACUGGGAAAGGAGAACGAGUCAGUAUUGCAUGGUUUUUGGAAAAUACAUCACCAUACAUGUGGGCCACCCUCGGUAUUGGACUUGCAGUUGCCUUAUCUGUAGUUGGUGCUGCAUUAGGAAUUCACACAACAGGAGUUUCGAUCGUUGGAGGUGGUGUAAAAGCUCCAAGAAUUAAAACAAAGAAUUUAAUCUCUGUAAUCUUUUGCGAAGCAGUGGCUAUCUAUGGUUUGAUAACUGCUAUUGUAUUAUCUGGAAUGUUAGAGAAAUUCUCGUAUUCGACAGUCAUAGCGAACGAUGCUCUUCACACUCAGAAUUGGUUGGCUGGUUAUUUAAUGUUUGGAGCUGGUCUGGCUGUUGGUGUUGUCAAUCUAGUUUGUGGCAUAGCUGUUGGUAUUGUCGGUUCUGGCGCAGCUCUUGCUGAUGCAGCCAAUUCUGCUCUUUUUGUCAAGAUACUAAUCGUAGAAAUUUUUGGUUCCGCAAUUGGACUUUUUGGUUUAAUUGUUGGAAUUUACAUGACAUCUAAAGUAAAAAUGGGAAAUAAGACAUAAACUAAAAAGUAAACCCAAUGUCACAAACUACUUGGAACCAGGAAGUUUUAUUCCAUUCAUUCCAUUUGAUCAUGGUUCAACAGAAAAUAAAUAUAAGAGAAAAAAUGAGUUUUUUGUUAAAACAAAUAUAAAGAUAAAUUUGUUGUUACACCUUAGAAACCUUCAUAUAAGGAUCUCUGUAUAUCAGAUGUGGAUAAAUAAUUGUGUAGUAAUAUAAUUUUCAUUGCUAUAAUGCAGUUUCGUACAUGUAAUAUUGUGAGUGCGUUAUAGCGCUCCCUUUUAUGAAUCCAUUUAUUGUAUAUACUUUUAAUUGAAAUACUAUAUUAAAAUAUAAUUCUAUACUUACAGGUAUUCGUGCAUAAAUGUAUAAAAAUAUGCUUAAACAUUAAAUGUUAUUUCUGUUUAAGUCUGCCGUAGAUAAAAUUAAAAGGUUAUUCUUUAUUUGUUUAACAGUAUAAAAAGUUCUUAGCAAAUAAUAUAUAAAAUCAUGAUAUACGUAGUCAACACUGUUAGAGAUUCUUCAUCCUCGAUGUAAAGUUAUAAGUAAUAUGAUUGAAUAAUGAUUACAUGUAUACCACAA